AUGCCGCUCAACGACUUUGUCAAGGCCAACAUGGGCCUCUGCAUCGGCGCCAGUGUUCUCCUCACGGCUGCCGUCUACUUCCUCGGCCGCAUGCGCCGUCGCCGCCGUGUCGCGCUUGACCCCAAGCGUAAGAUCGCGCUGCCGCUGAUCAAGAAGGUGGAGCUGUCGCACGACACGCGGCUGUUCCGGUUCGGUCUCCCGAACGAGGAUGAUGUGCUGGGUCUCCCGAUUGGCCAGCACGUCUCGCUCUCGUACACCUCUGACGAGGGCAAGCUUGUGGCGCGGUCGUACACGCCGACGUCGUCGGACGACGAUGUUGGCUACGUCGACUUUGUGAUCAAGGUCUACUUUGCCAACGUGCAUCCCAAGUUCCCCGAGGGCGGCAAGAUGUCGCAGCACCUCGAGUCGCUGGCGCUCGGCGACACCAUUGACGUGCGCGGACCCAAGGGCAAGCUCGACUACAAGGGCCGUGGCACCUUUGCCAUCCAGGCCAAGAUGGGCCAGCCGGCCAAGAUGGUGACGGCCAACAAGGUUGGCAUGGUGGCCGGCGGCACCGGCAUCACGCCGAUGCUGCAGAUCAUCCGCGCCAUGCGCAAGGAUCCGCUCGACAACACCGAGGUCUGGCUUCUUUUUGCCAACCAGACCGAGGACGACAUCCUCCUCCGCGAGGAGCUCGAGGAGGAGGCUGCCCGCAACCCGGAGAAGUUCCACCUGUGGUACACCGUCGACCGCCCCACCGACGGCUGGCAGUACUCGUCCGGCUUUGUCUCGGAAGACAUGCUCCGCGAGCACAUGCCCGAGGCUUCGGACGAGACCCUCAUCCUCUUCUGUGGUCCGCCGCCCAUGGAGAAGUACGCUGUCGCCCCGCACGUCAAGACUCUUGGCCAUGCCGAUGACAAGUACUUUGUCUUCUAA